GGCGGCGGCGGCGGGGCCGGGACGGGGACAAUGGCGGCGGCGGCGGCGGCGUCUCCUCCUCCGAGCCCGCGGCGGCGGCGGGGCCCCUGCGCUGCUACUCUGCUCCGCUGGGCGACUUCGGCGGCGGCGGCCGGGCAGCUGCUGCUGCUCCUGCUGCUCCUCCCUGAGGCGACGACGGGUGAGUUGCCUGCUCCGCGCCUCGCCGCCCACCGGCCUCCGGCUCUCCCCUCGGCAACAUGGCGUCCCAGAAGGGGAAGAAAGCGCCCGGGGAUGGAGGAGGGGGCGGGGGGAGAACGAGGGGACGCGGGCCGAGUCGCCCAGGCCGGCGGCCCUCGCGCCCUCACAAAGGCUGCUGCCCCCCCUUCCUUUCGCCUCCCUGGGAGAAGAAAGACAAAAAGCGGCGCCGGCGCCUAUAGAGUCCCGUCUGCGCGUCUUUCUUGGGGGCGGGAUGUGCCUUGUUUUUGUGUAGUAUUGCACUCUAGGGCGCGCCCCAGAAGCCGCCCCCUUUCGACCCCGAAGCCGAGGGAGCCGCGCGUUGUUCUCCUUCGCCUUCCCAGCCCCCGUCCCUCCCUCGCCAGCCCCACCGAGGGCAGAUGCUGCUUGGCGCGGGGUCUCUUGGGCUUUGUGGGGGCUUCGCUGCGGUGAGGAAGGGGCGGGACGCAGUUCGGCUGCCCCCUCGACCGUGGGGCUGGCGCUGUGGCACCGAUCCGGCCGUGUGUGUUCGAGGUGCAGCAGGAAGGUGAGGGUGGUGCCCCUUGGGAUGAUUCACGUUAUCUCGGCACUUGGCUGAAACUUUGUGAUCGAAACAGCGGAGGAAACCCGGCAUUGUUCCCGCACCGUGACGGCGAGGCGCUGCGGGAAGCUUGCAGGGCACAACUACCGGUAUCCUCGUGCUGCUCGCAGAAAAAGGAAUGCCUGUGUUUUGAAGAAGUUUUUAAGCCUUGAGAUUUAACUGGUGUCCGCAUUCAUCCCAACUCGGUGUGCUUGCAGCUGAGGCCAAAACUGCACCGAUGCCAAGAACCGCAUUGAAUCGUAAAAAGGAUGGCAAAAAUCAUGGGAACUCAAAAGCCGUUGUGCUUGUUGCUUUAAUGGGUGGGUGGGUGGUUGUAGAAGUUGCAUCUACAGCUACUGAUGUUACACUAUUUUUCUAAGCAGUCCACAAAGCACUUCUAACCUACUAUGAUCACAGCUGAUCUGUAUGCAAAGACUGUACAUAUUGAAGACGCAGCACUUCAGUGUAACAUCUUAGUGCAAAAACCUGAGUUUGGGGCAUUGCAUCCACCACUUGAGAUUUCACUGCAAGCAGCAAUGAUACAAAAUACAUGAUCUCAGGCAUGACUUUCAUGGACAGACAUGACCCAAUUUUGCAGUGCAUAUUUGUGUGGUCAGAAAAUGCAGAGUAAAAAACAGAUCUGACAUCACUGAGAAUUUUAACUGAAGAGUAGCAUAGAAACAUAGAUAAAUACAGUGGUACCUCGGGUUACAUACGCUUCAGGUUACAGACUCUGCUAACCCAGAAAUAAUACCUCGGGUUAAGAACUUUGCUUCAGGAUGAGACCAGAAAUCAGGCAGCAGCAGCACGGCGGCAGCAGGAGGCCCCAUUAGCUAGUGGUGCUUCAGGUUAAGAACAGUUUCAUGUUAAGAACGGACCUCUGGAACGAAUUAAGUACUUAACCCGAGGUACCACUGUAAAUACAUUUAAAUGCAUUGUGGCACCUCUGGUUCAAAAAAUUAGAUUUCAGUUGCAGACAUUCUUGGAUUCAUAUUUUAUCAGUAGAUUCCAUACAUCAGCCAUAAAAGUGCAGUUUACAUUUGUGCCCAUAGAUCAGGCAUCCCCAACCUUUCGGCCCUCCAGAUGUUUUUGACUAUAAUUCCCAUCAUCCCUGACCACUGGUCCUGUUAGCUAGGGAUCAUGGGAGUUGUAGGCCAAAACAUCUGGAGGGCCACAGGUUGGGGAUGCCUGUCAUAGAUAAUACUGUACAAAAGGUUCAUCCAGUACCUCACUGCAUUGCUGUGGCCACCUGUGGCACAUCGGUGAAGGGUUGCAUGGAGACACCCAAAACUACCAGUUGUUGCUCCUUUGUGAGUGGCCUGCUUCCCUUGAGUGCAAGGACAGCCACUUGCAAAGGAGUAGUGACUGGUACUCUAUGGCAGUGGUUUUCAACCAGGGUGCCAUGGGGUGCCCUGAAUGAUGGUCAUGGUUACCAUGAGCAACACUGGCCUAUGUCCUUCCCCCCCCCCUGAUUCCUUCUCACGUGUCUGUCUCCCAAAGGCUUGUGUGCUGUUGGUUGCAGCAGCCCUGGCUACAAGUUCCCCAGGUGAAUGGUGCCCAUGGGGCUGGUUAGGGAGUGCUGGUUACCAGCAGCCAAGGUAACCUCAGACUAAACAAGCAAGCGGGUGAGAAAGCCCAGCCAGCCUUUGCUGUUGGGAAUGGACAGACAAGUCCCAGGCCCCUGUGGGGCAGGCUGGAGGGCAGCUCAGAGACCAGGGGCGGCAGCAGUGGCUGCCCGGAGGAUUCUCAAGGAGAGGAGGCUGAGGGAACACUCCACAAGGGGGGGUAUUCGAAAAAGGGUGAGGGGCUGCCUGCUCUACAAGCAAGGGGUGACAUAACUGGGCUCCUGAGCCCCACAGGGGUGCCACAGAAAGAAUGUAGUUGGUCAAGGGAGCCGUGGACUCAAAAAGGUUGUAAAACACUGCUGUACAGGAUUGAAUCCUCCUGUUUAACAGCUGAUCAGCAGGGGGAUUCUGUCCUGUGCUGUCUUGGUGUGCCUGCCCUUUAACCUUAAAUUUUUUUUAAAAAAAACCUGCAUAUUAAAACAGGAGUAUAAACCCCUUUAAAAAGACAUUGGCCCCACUGCAGGACCGAAUCUGGGGUGAGCUGGAUGGCCACUGGGGCAGCACAGGCUGAAUUGGCCUGAUUUGGGAGCAACAGAUCAAGGUCACAGGGCAGAUUGGGAGUCCAUGCACAGUCCUAAUGAGAAGAGAGAAGAAAUAAGGCAAGAUAGGUAACAGACCAAAAGUGCAAGAAGGCAGUGAUACAGAAAGGCACCACUAAGUGACAGAAAGAAAGAGAUGAAAGUACUGUAAUAGAAAAUGAGAGAAGAGAUCGAUGAGCUAGAUGUGAAUUUUUUUUGUAUAUCAUGGAUGCUGUUUUGGUAAAUUGUAAAAUUUGCCUAGCAAGACAAUUCUCCUGUGGCACAGCCUUGCAGGGAGUGGAGUGAGGAUGAUGUGGUGUCCCUGUUCCUUCUAACUCUGUGGGUGUCAUUGUUAAUGUGUGUUACUAUGGUAUGUAUUUUUGAGUUUUUAUAUUGUAAACUGCCUGAAGGGUGGUAUAGAAAUUUAGGAUUGGCAUAUUUCAAGAGGUAAAAAUCUGGACACAAAAAGUUGAGCUUUUUUAGGGCAAUCGCCUGAUGCUCCCUCUGCCGCCACCCACACCAGAGCCUGAACCAGAGCAGCACGCACACAACUUAUUUUUUCUAAAAAAAAAACAAAAUACAGGACAUUUGAUUUAAAAUGUAAAAUUCCCCCUGGAUGGGCAUGUAGGACCCCCAAAAGAGGACAUGUCUGGGAAUUCCCGGACGUAUGGCAACACUAUGAAAUUUAAUAAAUAAUAAUUACAGCUCUCACUUCCUGCAGCCAGACUACAGCUGUCACUUCCUGGGGCCCCAUGAUGGCAACCCCUGGGCAACCAAGUUGCCCACUGCAGUAGCAACCUCUUUGUUUUCUCACCACAGUAGUCACUUCUUUGUUUUACUCACCACAGUAGACACUUCUGCAUUUUAGUUCCCAUCACACUUCCAUUCUGGGAGAAGUCUAGAAAGCCAUAGAAACAAAAUAGAAAGUGAACAGUGUUGUUAUUCUAUGACUCCCUUACUGCAGGCAUAUCUAUGGGGCACUAUAGGCAUAGGUGGGACCUAGACCUAUGGUUUAGGUGUUCAUUGGAAGUCUGCCAAUUAAUUGGAAAGCUUCUUUAUAGAAGUCUCAAGCAAUUUUAAUGCUUUAUCUCAAAAAGUCUUCCCUGGACUCAGAGACAUUAAGACAACUGCUGCAUUGUUGCAAAUAUCCCCUUCCUGGGCAAGGUGAUUGAGAAGGUGAUGGCUGGUAAUGGUCUGCUGUAGGAGUGCCUGGAUGAAGUGGAUUAUCUAGCCCUGUUUCAGUCUAGCUUCACCUUGACUGAUGGUUUUGUGUUCUGUUUUUUUGUUUGUUUGUUUGGAAGAGAGACAGGGAGAGUGCUACCUUAAUUAUUUUCAUAUAUUGUGGCUUUUGAUGCCAUUGACCAUGGUAUCUUGCUGGCACUGCUCAGUAGAUAGAGAGUUGGGAACAUGUGUGUUGUGGUGGCUCUGCUGCUAUCUCCAGAACCCCCACCAGAGUAGCACUGGAGAACUUCGGCUGGGCCCCUUGGUGCUUGUUCUGUAGAGUCCUGUUCAAUAUCUAUAUGACUUUACUGGGACAAGUCAACCAGGGGUUUGAAGUGUUGAUGAUACCCAGUUCUCUAUUCCAUCUGAAUGGAGAGGCAGUUAAGGUGCUGGACCAGUGUCUGUAGGCAAUGACUGGCUAGAUGUGGGGCAAUGAGCUGAAUAAGUUGGAAGUGCUGUAGAAAGUUGGGAUUUGUGGGCAUACCUUUUCCAGUACCAACCAGCUCAAACUUUAAGAUCUGCUGCAGUCUUGCCAAUGAACACAGCCUGUUUGGCUUGGCAGUCCCGUAAGCUAAGGUUUUCUCUGUGGUGGCACACCAAUUGUGGAACUCUUUCCCCGCAGAAUUGUGUGUGUUCCCUGUAUUGCUGCUGUCCCACUGACAGCUAAAAAAUGUUUGUUCAAGCCUUCAGGUGAGCAGUUUUUAUGUUUUCCCAAGUUUUACAUAACGGUUUAAAAACUAUUUCUGAUGGUAAAUUGGAUUAUAGCUGCUCUGGGCUCCAUUAGGAGGAAGUUUAGGGUUAAAAUGUAACAAGUGAGUAAAUCUGAUAUGUUGCAACAACAGGCCAGGUAACAGAGCUACAGAGAAUAGAACCAGCCCCUUUGGCAGACCCAGUCUCCAAAGCUGUCCUCAUGUCUGCUCUGGCAACACUGGUACUGGACCUAAUCUACAGCCUCAGUGGUUCAUUUACCUGUUCAUCUUCCAAUAUGAUAUAUUCUGUUAAAGGUCAUCAAUGCCCUUCUGUAUUCUACAUAGGACAAACCCUCCCGGCUCUAUGGCUGGGAUAGUUAAUGGGUUUUGUUUAUUGUUUUGCUUGGAGACCAUAUUGAGGGUUUUACUACCUGUCCAAGGGCUGCAUGCCAAUGUGUUCACACACUAGGGAGUGUGGUUACACAGAAAGAGCCUGUACAUGUACACACUUACACACGCAGCAGAGUAGCUUGCACGUAGCUGUGCACACACAGAUAGCUUGGCAGAGGAACAGACUCAGCAGCAGAUAGACAUAUAUUCAGCAGCACUUCUGCUUUCCAGGGCACUGCUGUUGUAGGAGGGUUCCAAAAUUUUAUGCUCCAUUAAUAAAUGAACUUCCCCUCUACACCCCAAUUACUUUAAUUGCCUUGAAACUUAACCAAUCAAUUUAUUCUGCAUUAAUAUAUUAUUAACCCCCUCUUUCCUCUACAUUGAUUUCCUGUGAACAUUGGCUUCAUUUCAUUGUGCCCCAUUAAGACCUCCCAAUUUUUUCCUCUUCAUUGAUUGAUUUCAGUUUCCUAAGUUAAAUUGGUUUCACCACAACAUUAAUUGCAUUGCAAAGACCCCCUAAAAGGGGCCACUGCUCCUGACAGAUCUAGGUGGCAUGCUUUUCACAUGGUAUGGGGCUGUAUAUGGGCCACAGCUAAGCCAUCGCUGCUCUAUAAAAAAUAAUAAAUGACCAGAAAUGUGACCACAGAAAUUGUAAUAUUCAAAAACCAGUGAGGAAAUAUUUCAACCUACUCACAAAUUCAGGAAAUCUCAAAGAGACUGUAGUGUGGAACCAUGAAUUACAAUCAAGAGGCUCAGUGCUAUCACUUGUGAACUGAACUGAGAUGAGGGAUCCUUAACACAUACGUGUUAAUUGACUUACCAAUGUCAGAAAGCCUGCUUUCAAAAUCUGCAUUGUAAAUUACCACUGUUCAGUACAUAAUUAUCAGUGUUUUUUUAAUGCAUUUUAUUUCCCUCUGACUUCGAAAUCCCUGCCCUAGCCAAAAUAUAUACCUGCAACUCAGGAUAGCACUACAUGCAUCUGACCAAGUGAACAAUGAUCCAUGAAAGAUUAUGCCAUAAUAAUUUUUUUGUUCUUUAGAGUGCCACACAACCCUUUGUUCUUUUUGAUGUGUUGUAUUAGUACCAUCACAUGUUAGUUGUUCUGUCAAAAAACAUACUAUCAGUGCGCCCCAGGCCUGGCAUGCACUCAAUGAAGUUUUACAAAAUAUUCACUAUGAACAGUUGACUGCCAAGCCAUAUCACACAUUGUUUUUGAAAUUUCCCACCAGUUUCAGAAAUGAUUUACAAUAUUAUAUAAAGGGAUCCUGUUUGAGAAACUCAAUUCAUUUCACAGUUCUUUGGAUUAUUGUGAACCUAUUUCAUGUUAAGGUUACAAAAAACAACCAUCUGAAAAUAUGUCUGGAAUGCUAUUCUUUUUCCCAGAUGUUGGCUGUCAACUUACCCAAACUGAUAGAAGGAAUUCAUGUAGAAACUUGUCUUAUUGUUGCAUACGCUAGCUGCUUUAUCCCUGGAUUUACUUGAAGGCUGUUUGGCAGCUAUUGCACCAAAUAUGCAUUAAUAAAUUUAUGCUGUUAUAAAUUAGCAAUUAGGAGUGGAAGCAUAUUUUGGGGGCCCUUGGAUUUUGUAACUCCACCAGUGUUUAACAUAACUAAUAUGAACAUCUCUCUUCUCCCCCCCCCAGCUCUACAGUGUUACUGUCUUGUUUGUACAAAAGAGAACUUUACAUGCACAACAGAUGGACUUUGCUUCACUUCUGUAACACGGAACGGAGAGAAAAUAACACGGAAUAGCAUGUGUGUGGCACAAGUUGAUCUGAUUCCCAGAGACAGGCCAUUUAUUUGUGCCCCCUCAACAAGUGAAGGAGUUAUUACUGUGCCACAUUGCUGUGAUAGAGACCUCUGCAAUAAAAUAGAGCUACCGAUUCCAACCCCAGGUAAUUUUCCCCACUCCCAAUUUUGAAAGCAUAAUGUGAGAAACAAUAUAACAUAAUUUAGUUAAAAUCAAAACAGAUAGUGGAACAAUCUAAGCAUCCAAUGACUUAUUCACAUGGUAGCAUCUUCUACUCCUGUAUUGCACUUUUGAUGUACCAACUAAGUUUACCUGAAAACGGGGAAGGGGGAAUCUUGUCUAGAUAUAUGUCUAUAGAGAGAUAUUUCUGUUUUAUUCAAGUGCACAAACAUAUACAGGCAUUGAAUAUAUAACUGAUAGGUUAUUUUUAUUUGUCUUCUGUGUCUCCCCAUUCCACUUCUAGGUCCCUUCCCAAGAAAGCUGCCUUCUAAUUUAGGACCAGUAGAAUUGGCUGCUGUCAUUGCUGGACCUGUUUGUUUUGUUUGCAUUUCACUUAUGUUGAUUUUGUAUAUCUGCCAUAAUCGUGCCGUCAUACACCAUCGUGUUCCAAGUGAAGAAGAUCCUUCUAUGGAUCGUCCUCCAUUUAUAUCUGAGGGAACAACUUUAAAAGAUUUAAUUUAUGACAUGACGACUUCAGGCUCAGGUUCAGGUAAUAAGAGUCUCUUCCCUCUUCCUGCUGCCCUCUUCUCCUCCCCCCCCCCAUAUACUAGUACAUAAUCUUCUAAAGGGGGUAGUAUUGUUAAUAGUGCAACACAAGCAUAGUUACUUGCUAAAUGUUACAGGAAUAAUGAUUUUGUGAUUGUAUUUUACUGGGGUUGUGAGGAUAUAGCUAGGCAGAAAUCAUAAUUAGUUUAUCAUAUUGCCAGCAACUUGCAGUAAAUUCAGAUUUUAAUCAGAUUUCAAACCAAAAGUAAAGCUUGUUUGAAGUUUCGUUUCAGUGCCAUGCUCAAAUGCUUUCUUCUGUUGCAGACAAACCCUACCUAAAAAAUAUAGAUCUUGAGAUUAAGGUAAAAUGUUGUUGAAAUAUACAACAUUUAUUACUUCUAAUAUCUGCACAAUCUCACCAAAAUGCUUGCAAUACACACUGGGGGAUAAACAGUAUGGCAGGAUCUGUGUAUGUAUUACCAUCUUUUUUGAUCUAGCAAGGAAGAUUAGACCUCAUUGAUUAAUGCUAUGGAUACCAGCCUAGUCCCAUAGUCAUUACAACAAUUGGAGGCACAUGGUAUUAAAACCUGUAGAAAGAUUUCUUAAUAUCAAUAGGAAAUAGUUUGAGCUAUAGGCAAAAAGAAAAGGUCUCGAAUGUCAUAGGAAAAUGUCUUAUCUGUAAUGUCACUACUGCUUCCUUCGCAGGAGAGCUAAAGUGGCAGAUUAUUUUCCAGUGCUCCAAGGCAGGUACAGGCAGGUUGGUUAAUACAAGUGCCUGUGCAUUUUGCCCCCUAUUCUUAGUUCUAUGAAGGCUAGAACUUGCAUGUCCCAUCCCCCCAUGUUAAAUGAAAGUUGGGGCUGCAGUCUAGCAAGACUAGAAGCUGGAUAAAACCUGGCCAGGCAGUGAGUGACACAGUGGGAUUUUUCAUUGCAGCAGCUAUUUAUUUUAUUUCUGGAGUUCUGCUUCUACAGUCUCAUGAAAAGAUUUCAUUACCUUUAAUGGGGGGAGGGGUGGAAGGUAAAUCUACUCUGCAAGUUUUGAGAUGGGUGAAACAGUAACCAACUGCCCCUUGUUAUUUUGGGCCAGCCCUAUUUGAAACAAGCUACCUUCAUAAAUGGUGUUUUGACAUUUCCUUUUUCCAAAAUCCGUAGUUAAGAUUAACCAAAGUUUGCCUGGGUUUGGAGAUCACAACAAACUGCACAACAAGCUACAUGCACCCAUGUAGAACGUGGGUGGAGACUUUACCGCCUUCCUGCAAUUUGUUGGACUAACAUCUUGCAGCCUUGCUAGAGGAAAAGGGAGAGAGUGGGACCCAUGUUUUGCUGUGACUCAUCAACCAUGGGUGACUGACAUGUGGUUUUCCAGAUGUUGCUGGACUACAGACAAUAAUCAACCACUGGCCCUGCUAACUGAGGCUGAUGGGGGUUAGAGUCAAACAAUACCUGAAGGACCACAGAUUAGCCAGCUCUGCUCUAAACCACGGUUUGGUGUUUUUUACAAAUGAGGUGAAACCGUGCACAGAGUAACCUUUUGGCAUGUUGUGUAGUAGCUGUUUGCUCAGUAAUAUUCUGCUGAAGAGAGAAGUUAGAGAUACCAGUUACUGACUAGAAAAACCACAUCAAUAUUUAAUUGAACAACAGCUGAGAAGGUGUAGUUCCAUGCCUUUAGUUUCCAAAGGAUGCACUUACUGUUUCAGCCACCAAAGACAGUCGUCUCUCACUUUCCACAAUCCAUUACUUAAAAUAGAGAGUUCCUGUAUUUGAAACUAAGAAAGAACUAGAGAAGAUAGUUGCAAAGUAUUUCUUGCUUCUCAGUUUUAAAAAGUAAAAAAGCUCUUCCUAUAGCAAAGAAGGAGAAAAUAUUACUUCCAUAUGGUCCUUUUUGUUCCUACCAUGAACUUUGCUCCUUCCAUCUCCCACUGUGGCUACCAUCUGAAGCCCAGAUCAAAACCUGGGUCCUUAACCCAGCAUUUCAGAGUGGGGAGCUCAACCCUACAUACAUAUUUUGCCAUGUUUACUAAAAAUGUAUUUGGGAGCUAUCUGAUGAAAUUUGUGGAACUGUGGAACAACUUGAGGAGUGAGUGACUGGAAUCUGUUCCCAGAAACUAUGCCCUGUAAUUUGUACAAUUGCCUCUUAGUCACAUUUAACUUGCAUGAUUUUAACUGUAUGCAGUUGAAGACCUUUGGUUGAAAUCCUGCAAGUUAAAUGCAGGCAAGGCCCUCACUGUGCAUUGACUUAGAAGCCUCAAGAUGCUCCCACAAGAUUCAAAGAAUUACAGGAAAUUGAAGAGCCCUUGCAAAAGCAUCCCAGGGCCUCUGGAGCCAGCAGGCUGAGCUCACAUGAGAGUGGCUCCAAUGGUUUGAGUAUAUGCAUUUUUAUGUAUGUAUGGAACCCUUGGAGCUCAACCCCUGCAGAAAAUGCAACUGUACUGAAUACCAAGCAACAUCUUCCUGGUCUCCUUAUUCAGGAGCUAACUGAAACAUUGACACAUCUCAAAAGCAAUAUAGUACUUUUUGGAGAUCAAAGCUAUAAAACUGAUCCAUAUAUCAGGAAAAGGUUGUGGUGCUCUAUUGUGUUCUUUAUAAUAUUGAAGAAAAACGGGAAGAAAUUAGUUAUCUUGGAUCUCAGCCAUGAAUAGUGAUUUUUUUAUCCAGUCAGGUAGCUUUAAAAGUAACAAACUUGGUCACUGUUUUCAAAAUAAACUUUUUUUUUUUUUUAGGUUUACCUUUACUUGUUCAAAGAACAAUUGCAAGAACAAUUGUACUUCAGGAAAGUAUUGGAAAGGGUCGAUUUGGAGAAGUUUGGCGUGGAAAAUGGAGAGGAGAAGAAGUUGCAGUGAAAAUUUUCUCCUCAAGAGAAGAACGCUCAUGGUUUCGUGAAGCAGAAAUCUACCAAACCGUUAUGUUACGUCAUGAAAAUAUUCUUGGGUUCAUAGCUGCAGACAAUAAAGGUUAAGUUUUUAAAAAAUUGCUUCUGGUCCCUUUUUGCUUGUUGAAAUCUCAUAAUGCUGUCUGUUGCACUUUGUGUCAAUUUGAAGUAAUUUCUACAUUGGCUUCACAUUAGUGUUUGUGUUUGAUGUAUAUGCCCCAUAUUGAGUUCUAUUCUGUGAAUCAUAGAGUUGUAAAGUUCAAAGAUGAUGAAUAAAGUGCUACCAUUCUUCAUCUCCUGGAAAUACCCAGAAACUUGCAGUGAGGAAAAAAUGUCUUCUCUUUUUUGAAUGAAAUGCUGCUCAUAUAAUUGAUUUAGAAUUGCAGUGCACAUUUAUGAAUCUGCAUGGGCACUAAGAUCAGUUAUAGUUUGUAGGCCUGCCAGUAAGGUCAAGUAAGCUGGCAGGCACAAAACAGCCUUCACCUUGGUAUUCCCAUGUUGUAGAAUUUCCUCAAGGGAAGCAUAGUUGGUUCCUUCCAUGUUAGCUUUCAGGCGGCUAGUUAAAUGCCAAGUCAUUACCCUGUUUUAAAUGACAAAAUUGUUUUAAUUUGUUUCAUAGGAUCACUAAUCUGAAUAAGAAUCUGCUAGUAACUAUUUUGCGUUAGUUAAAUUUUUUCGGUAUUGAUUGUACAGUACUUUCAAAAAACUUAAGAUUGUGAGUUUCUAGGAAUAGUCUUGGAAAAGGGCAUAUAAUUUAUUUUAAUGAGUGAAGAAGAAAUAAAUCACCAGAUUUCAAAUGUUCUGGUGAUCUUUGUAUUUUCAAAAACAAAAAAAUCAUUAUUCAGUUGUUUGCAAUUACACAAACUGCUUAAAUAUCAUUGACUAGAUGAUCCUUGGAGUCCCUUUCAUCUCUAUGAUUCUAUGACUUCAUUGGGAUUGAAACAGAUGGUGUUUGCAGGGUUACAGCUUUCACCAUUUCUUAUGUUUUAGCAUCAGUAGAUGCUGAAGAACUUAGUAGAAAGAGACCAUGGUUAAAUGAAAUGCUUACCACAUACAAGAUAAUAAUUUUUAUGUUUUGCUUUUGGAAAUGCUUCAUUUUAUUUCUUCUGGGUUUUUUUUCCAGAUAAUGGUACAUGGACACAGCUGUGGCUGGUGUCAGAUUAUCAUGAGCAUGGCUCUCUCUUCGAUUACCUAAACAGGUAUACCGUUACUGUGGAAGGAAUGAUAAAACUAGCUUUGUCUACUGCGAGUGGACUUGCACAUCUUCACAUGGAGAUUGUUGGCACUCAAGGUAAUUUACUAAAUUAAGUGUGUAGCAUUAUUAAUAUGGACCUAAUAGGAGAAAAAAUCACAUGGUUAUGCUUGUGUUCUUAAGAUUUCUUAUAUAUUAAACAUAUAUAAUCUCCCUGUAAAGCACAUUAGACAACACAUAGCAGCCUUUUUGAGCAAUUUAUAACAGCAUUUACUUACAUUUGAGAUGCCUCAUAAACUCUCAUGGCAGUUUAGUUUCAGACAAAAUAUGUCUUUAUAUAUCCCUAUUUCUCUUCUAGUCUUAAUUCUAUAUAAAACAUACUUUGGUUAGUUUCCUGCUAAUUUUGGGUUCAGAUUUUAAAAAUAUGUUUUUUUUAUUAGUUUGCAUUUUUAAUAGCAAUAGUAGAAAACACAUCCACGUGUUCUGUCAGUGUAGUAUUUCCCUCCACCCCAAGCAGAGGAAUUAGUCAUUUAAUAAAUUCCUCUCUAUCAUCUCAUAUGGGCAAAUGUGAAACACUGAGAUGCAACUUAGCACAUUAAAAAGUGUAUGUUGAUUUAAUUGAAAUUUGGAUUGUCAUGCCAAGAGCAGUGGAAUAAUGGGGGCUGUUAUUGGGUGUUUUUACUUUUAUUUUGAUUAUGUGUUUUGUGGUUUUACGUUUUGAUUUUAUUCUGUGAACUGACCUGAGACCUGCGGGUUUAGGGUGGUAUAUAAAUUGCAACAAAUAAAUUAAAAAAAUUAACAUAUGCAAUGCAAACUACUUUUCCCAGUGUUCAGUAAUCAGUUCAUCUGUCCUCCUCUCAUAUGUUGCAACUAAAAUCCUGCUUGCCCAAGCAAGACUCAGAGGUAAAGAUGGACUAAAAGAAUGCCAAUACUGUGUACUUUAUGCAUCUGGAAGCUCUUAAAACAUUUUAUUAAUGAGGUGUAUUUCAAUAUGGGAUUCUAUGUUAUGUUAGAAAAAUCUGUAUUUUAAUUGUAUUUUUAAUUUUAUUUUAAUUGCUUUUAUUAUUUCAUCAAAUUAAAAUAUUUUAUUUUGUGAGAUGCCCGGAGCACUUAGGUUAUGGAGCAGCUAUAUAACUUCAGUUAAAUAAAUAACACUUCUUUUUUACCGAGUCAGGCCAUAGGUCCAGCUUGCUCAUUAUUGCCUAUGCCAGGGUUGCCAACCUUUGUGGGCCAGCUGAAUUUUGAGAAAGUGCAAUGGGCUGGUGUGAGAACAUAGUAUAACACAAAAUAGCUGCCACAUCCAAAGGGGCAGGGGGAAAUGCCACAAAAUGAUAUUAGCACGCUCCUCUUCUUAGCCACACCAUUGGGGAGAGGGACCUUAUCAGCCACUGCUGCACUCACAGACAAAAGGUUUUUUUGCACCUUGCCUUUGUUCAGAACAGAUGGAAAGGUGGUUGUCUCAUCCUGGUAUCCAGGGAAAUGUUGAGUUAUGGUCUGAAUGACUAGUACCCAAAUUUAUUUAAGGUACUCAAAUUAAUAGGAUAAGUAAUUAUUACAGCAGCAUCAGUAUUAUUUUCAUUGCACCCUUCCUAGGCACUCAAGAGAGCUUCAUGUUGUAUCAGUAACCGUGUUCAUGUUUGUCAAGUGGUUAACAAAAUUUAUGUCCACCCGCCUUUACCUCUACAAACUCUUAUACUUUGGUACCGUGUAUGAAAGUUGCUUUAUUUGACUUGAACCAUUGCCAAAGAUCAGCUUUGAAUUUCAAUUUAAAUGCAUAAUUAAGAAAUUUCUAGGCAGAUGCACUAGUUGAUUAAUAAUUUUCUCUGUGUUUUUUUUUUAAUGCAGGAAAACCAGCUAUAGCUCAUAGAGACCUGAAAUCAAAGAACAUAUUAGUAAAGAAAAAUGGUACCUGUUGUAUUGCAGAUUUAGGCCUGGCAGUAAGACAUGAUUCAGCUACAGACACAAUAGAUAUUGCACCAAACCACAGGGUGGGAACAAAAAGGUAAAAUUAACACUCUUUAAAAAGCAGAAUAUAUUAUAUUAAAGAGACUGAUAAACAUAGCCCUAAACUUAAAUGUACGGUUCCCCCAGGGUCUCUUGGAGAGCAGGCAUUCUAAUAAUGGAAACCCAGAAAUAGUGCAGUAUUGUGCUGUUUGGGGGUUAAGGAUCAGUUUCCCACACAACUGUGAAGCUACAUAGGUAAUUGCUGUUUGUUACCAUAACUCACCUGACAGUGUAACUGGUGGUGUUGAAAUAUUGCUGGUGGUUGCAGUAGUGCCCCUUCUCCUCACUCCUGGCCUCCAUACCUCCUUAUUGGUGAAUGAUCUAGAACUUCUGGAUAGUGCCUUCUCUUAAAUAGGUGAUCGGAAGGUGCUUUGUUCCUUUCCCCCAUAGUCAUCUUGUUGAUAUAAUAAAAACAAAAUUACUGCGAAGGAGAAGAGUGUGCCCAAUUUCUCAGAACAUUUAUUUUUCAGUCACCCAAACCUACCUGCCUUUUGCAGAGUAAUUAGUGCUUUGAAAAUCAUUGUAAAUUAUAAUGUAGAUUUGUAUUUUUAAACAUAGUUGCUACUUAAGGGCAGCUAAGUGCCUAGGCUGCUUUAACCUGGCAUGAACCUUGUUCUUGCAACAGCUGGUAAAGAGAUAAACAUCUAUAUGGACCAUUUUAUGUAUGCCUAUGUACUCGAACCUGUAUCGCACAUAUGUCUUCACUGAACUAUUACUGUGGGAUCAUUCCGGAACACAAUUACAUACUGCAGAUAUUAUUGCAGUGGACCUGAUUACUCUUUAAAUAGCAGUAUUGCUUUGCUUAUUUUUGAGAGAUUACCAAACUCGAAUAAAAGCCUGCUCAAAUUGAUCUAAAGGUUUAGUUGCCAAAAUGGCAAGAUAGUAUGUAAAAUGGCUUUGUAGUUUGACACACAGGUGCAGGGAUUAAAAAACAAACAAACCAAGUGCAAUGGUUACUUGUUACAAGUUUCACAUUGCUUGGUUUAUAAUCUUGAAUAGAUCCUAUUGUAGAAGUAGAACUAGGCAGGGAAAUGGCCUUUUUUGGUGUGAAACCCAGAGGAACUGCAGGGGAACUUAAAUAGACCAAGAAAAGUUCAGAUCUUGAGAUCUGUAGGUGAGCAAGAUCCAUGAAAUAAGAGAAGCAGAGGGGGUGACAUGCAAUGGCUCCCUUUCUUGGAGGUUCCUUUACCCUGAUAUGACUUAGACUAGCCACAUCUGCUUCCACUCUGGAUUUCUAAAUACUCUUCUAAUAAAAAGUUUGAAAAUAUACAAAGCUUCCUUUUUGGAUGACAGAAGGCUUGUGCAAACACUACUCAGAAGCAGGGAGAUGAGGAGAGGUGUUAGAGUCCUCAGUAAAACUGGGAGGGGGGGGAACUUUCAUUUACCACACAACCUCCUUCAGCAGAUUUGGCACUGUUGUGUAUGUAUACACCACUUUUUCCUUUUCUGCCUAUGGUGGGGUGUUCAGGACGUCCUGCUUUCUUCUCUCUGCACACAAUCUGCACCAUGGCAUUUUGAAUCCUGUCAGGUUCAGUUGCAGAAAAACAAGUGUCUGUGCCGUCUUUGCGUAAGUCCAGUUUAGAGAGCAAGGAAAUGGUCAUGGAGCAGGAAGAGUCACACGUGCAUAGCCCACAUAUUCAGUCACAUAACAGGGUGUCCCUGUCCUGAAAUGAUUGGAGCUUCUGCAUGCCUCUCAGUUAUGCAGAAGCUCCUACUAUAGUUACUUCUUUAAAGUCUUGGUUGACAUGGAGAGCCAGGUCAAUAGUGAGCAUCUUGAGAAUGUCAUCAUUGCGUAAUGCCUAACUGGCAGAGUGGCUCAACUGUUUCUAGUGCCUAAUUAAAGAGAAAUAGAGAUAACUGUGUUUAGAGACCACUGCUUGAUAAAUAAAACAUACUGGUUUUCAUUUUGAUAGGUACAUGGCUCCUGAAGUACUUGAUGAUUCCAUAAACAUGAAGCAUUUUGAGUCUUUCAAAAGAGCAGAUAUUUAUGCAAUGGGAUUAGUGUUCUGGGAAAUAGCUCGGCGGUGUUCAAUUGGUGGUAGGUACAAACAGAAAUGAAACAGAAUUGACUUCAGAUUCUGUCAUGGCAACAGUUAACUUACAACUUGGUUUACACAUUUUAGGAAUUCAUGAAGAUUACCAACUACCAUAUUAUGACCUGGUUCCUUCUGAUCCUUCAGUUGAAGAAAUGAGGAAAGUUGUUUGUGAACAGAAACUUCGACCCAAUAUUCCAAACCGAUGGCAGAGCUGUGAGGUGAGGUUUUUCAAGCUGUAUCAAAAUGAGAAUAUUUAAAAAUGUAUAAAGCAGCUUAGUUUGAAUUUUUAAAAAUAAAAACAUUGAGUUACAUACUCAAAAAUGAAAUUGAAUGUACCUUGAAGGAUAUCCGUUCACCUUAUGCCUUUAACUAUGGGACAUACCUAAUCACACAAAUAUGCAAUAUAUUAACAAGAAUAGCAGUGUGGGGUGCAGAAAAUUUCCCGGUGAAAUUUCUAUAGGAAAUUUUCAAUUUUUAGAAAUGCAUGAUUUUAUAAAAUUACGGUAAUUAGUAAGAGAAUUGAUAAUACAGAUUAUAAUGCACAGCUAGAAGGAAAUUGAAUUGGAUUGAAAAAUUUUAACUUUUCAUGUAGUUAUCCUUAGGAACUGUACAUACCUACACACACAAGCAUGUUAAUAUAGUUUUUCAGUGUUCUUUCUUAAAAUUUUACGUGUGGAAUAAUAAUUAUGUUAAUGAAUGUUUACAUCUUAAAAUAAUGGCUAGUAUUCCAAUUCAAAUUAUCUUUUAGAUUCUAAAAUUUCACAAUGUUUGAAAUUUUUUCCAAGUAAACCUUAAGAGUUUGUUUGAAAAUAACAUUUCAACCACACUAAGUGUAUUUUAUGGAAUCUUCCGCAGUCAGAUAUUUCAGUUCAACUGGCUAAUGAAAAAAAGUUAAUGCCACAUGUUAAAACAUUAAUGCCACAGCUCUGCUUACUAAUAUGCCAAUCAAAUAUGCUAAAUUAAAUACCAAUUUUAUGUCAGUGGAAAAUUCAUAGCACUGAGAUACAAAAAGAUGAGAAGUUAUGGUAUGAAAACUAAACUUCUGUUUCACUUCUUUACAGGCCUUGCGAGUAAUGGCCAAAAUUAUGCGGGAAUGUUGGUAUGCCAAUGGUGCAGCAAGGCUAACAGCUUUACGCAUAAAGAAAACACUGUCACAGCUCAGUCAGCAAGAAGGCAUAAAAAUGUAAUCUUGGAGGUGUUACUGAAGGAGACUUUUAAAGGACCAUAUCUGCACCUAAUUUGUGCAUUAAGAAGGCUAGUUGUUCUACCUCACUGGGGGAACAGAAGGAUAUUCCUGCCUUUUGUACAAAAUAGGAAGAUCAGUUAUUAGCCCAGGAUUUCUACAGAGGCAGUAAAACUUUGUACAGCUCCCUACCUUGCACUGCGGACUCCUCUUUCCCACGGACUCCUCUUCAGCUUCAGUAAAACAUAAACUGGUUUUCCAAGGAUUAACGCUGGUCCCUGUUUCGUUGAGAACAUGAAGAUGAUGCUCGUGCACACUAUCGCACUGAAGGAUAUCUUGAAAGUUUUUAAAGCUAUUUGCUUUGUUCAUGAUGGCACACUCUAUAUUCUGAACCACUCUUGGCUUAUUCUUAUCAGAUUGUGUAGUUUUUUGGCUACUAGGACACUUACUCUUGGACGUAUUUAUCAGGAUUUGAAGACAUUACCUCAUCCACUCUGGAAGAACAUAUACGACAUAUGCAGUUAUAUUUUGUAUUUCUGUUAUUUUGCUUCAGAACAUUACAUGCCUUCAAAAUAGAUUGUACUGUACCAGGAAGUGCCACUUUUCAAUUUUUGUAAUGCACUUCAUUAGCUAUAUGCAAAGCCUUUGGUGCUUGUAGAAUGAUAAAAUAUAUCUUAACUAAAAGGGAAUUUUAUACUACAUUUGGAAUUCUUUUUACCAAAACCUCUUAAUUCUGAAGACUAGGAAUUUUAAGUAUGUAAAUUAAUUCUGUGCUGUUAUUAAAGUUGUGCAUCACAAUGAAUUGUGGUGUCAAAAGUGGCACUUAACUUUUAAUGACCCAUAAAGAGUACUUCAAGAUUCUUUUAAAAUUUGAUAUGAGGGCUUAAUCUGAGAAAAUAAAUUUUAGCACUCUAAUGUUAUCUGGGGCGGGGGGGGCGGUUAUUUCUGCACAGACCCUUACCCAUUCAAAGAACAGCGCUCUCUACUAAAGUGUCACCUGUUUCCCUGCUUCUCGAAGGGUAAUCCAUGUGUAAAAACAUUGCAUUUGGGCAGCCUUAUUGUAUGCAGUCCUUAUGUGCAAAGCAGUAGACUUUUCUUAGCAUCUGUAGCUGUUGUGUGAUCUUGCUGGUCAGGUCAGUAUGUGCUUUCUUAACAGAUGGUUGGCACUAUUGGCUCUGACCUCACCAAUUGUAUAUAUCUGGAGAUGUGUAAGGACUGAAUCUAGGUCCCCAUGCUCGUAAAAUGUGGUGCCAUUGGACUUCUCCAUGCAGGCCAACUCCUGUUUGGUGGCAAGAGCUUCACAUGUGGAAGUAUUUGCACAGCUUGUGUCUCGCCUUGAAAGUCACUGCUUUGAAACCUCCAUCUAUUAUUAUUACUAAAUCACAGUUGGAUAGUAAUAUACCAUUUGUUUUCUGGUGCAUACAGGUAGCUGUAAAAUUUGCUGCUGGAUGUAAAAUACUGUGUUACAUCUAGAAUACUGAAAAACUGUGCUUGCGUUUUAAGGUGUAUUUUGGGUUUCAUUUAUGUAAAUCUUACAUCUGGUGCACAAAUCAAAUUUCUAUUAAUGUAUCGUCAAGCUAGUUACAUUUAUGAAGAACCAUGAAAAACUAAAAUCUUUUUUAAAAAAUACCUUUGAUUUCCAUAAAAGUUAAAAUAAGCCAGCAAGCAAAAACUACCUAUUUAAGUUUGUCUUUCUUCAAUGCAGACAUAAAUGAAAAGGUAAAGACUUUGCCCACCUGCAAUUUUUUACAGUAAUGUAGAAUGAAAAUAAUAUUGGUUAGCUGUACUGGCAGCCCCCCGUUUUGUGUGCAUUUGUGAAAUUGUGUAUAAUUGAAACCCAUUGAAAAAGCCUGCAGCUGCCCCAUUCCUCCCCCACCCACCCCAUUCCGCCCUUUUAGUGAUAUUUCAGUGAUGUCUUUACAGUAUUACAUUUCCAAGUCACUUUCAGGUUCAGUGUGGUGCAUGUCUACACAGUCGCACAAAUACUGAAUGUGCAUAAAUGGGGAGCUGCCUGCAUACCAGUUAUCAAUCCUUAACUUCCCAUGAUUCACUCAUGCCAAAAUGAUUUUUCUAUUUUAGUCUAGAGGAAAUUAUGAGGUUAAUUUUUUAGCACUUCUUAAAAUAGACGUUGCAGCAGGAAAAUUGUAUAUCAUGAAAAUUGUACUUUGUUAUUUGUGGCUUCAGCUGUGAUGAUAUAAUUUUAGUCAUGUUUUCCAUUGAUAAUUUGUCAAUAUCUUUCGAAUGAGUGCCUGUAUAUAUUACAUAGAACUUUUUUAAUCUGUUGCUUGUAAAGUCACAUGUAGAUUAGGGAUGGGCAUAUCCUCUAAGGCUUCCCUCAGAUUGGUUCUGGAUUUCCCCAAUUCUGCCCCUAACAGAAAAACUUGUACAGAGCCAGUCUGAGUGGCUCAGAUGGUUCACCUGUUCCCUUCCUUUGACUCUGCUAUCCUAUUGCCACCCCCCUCCCCACUGCCACUACCAUCCCUUCCAACUUGCAAAGCACUUUCUUUUCUUUACCUUCAGGUAUGGAGUGGGAACGGCACUUUUCUAUCCUCCUGAUUCACUUACCUGGUUUAGGACUGAAAGCAAUAUUCCUUGGUAAUUAAGGUCCUAAAGGGCUGUAGGUUGCCAAUUCUUAACAGCCACCGCUUUCAGUCCUUAUGCCCUGCAAAGCACAUCAGAGUGCACCUGUUUAGAGAUGUACAAACCAUCACCUUCAUUUCCCAUUUUAAGGUAAAGCAAAAUGAUAGGUGGGGAAUGUGCUUUGGGGGCUAGAGGAACAGUGGGGAAGGAAGCUGGGAGCCAUUUGCUAACCUGCAUAAUAAUCUUAGAAAUCAGGGGUGGAAGUCUUAAAAGCUUGCUUCUCUUUGGAGAUAAUUUUUUAAGAAUUCUAAAAAUGGUUUCCAAUUUAGACUCAGAUUCACCAUCACAACAGCUCUGAUAUGCAUCUUUAAGCAGCUAGACAAGUAUUCAUAUAUUUUUCAGUUUUUGUUUUGCUCUUGAGAGUCAAUGGGGACCAAAAUAUUUUGGCACUCAAAACAUUUGAAUGUUAUACCUUUAAAAAUCUGGUAAAAUUUUGAUGAAAGCUGUUAUGUAAUGUGUACACAGUACACAUUUGUUUAAUAAGGGUUUUUAUAAAGUCUUUUUAAAAAAUAGCAUUACAGUUUCUGUUCAGAUCUUGGACAUAUGAUCCAAUUGCUUACAAGACACAUCAAAGGAACAGUAGCAAGCCUUGUUACUCAGAUGUCUUGAGUGCUGUAACUUUAGGUACUCUUAAUCCUUAAGAGUUGGAGUUUUAUCAAAACAUUUUUAUUUGCCUUUUCAGAUUUUUGUAGCCUUUCACCCCUUCAUGUCUUGUAAACCUAAAAAUAUCUGUAUAUAUGAGUGGCAUAGUUUUGCAGAUUCAUACCUAGUAAGAGGCUAUUCUAGCAAAAUAACCAUCUGUCAACUGAGUGCCAUGGAUCCACUUUUUAAGCUAGCUCCUUGUUCAUACUGUGCCAUUAAAAUGGUUUGAAUGGUACUUGAUUUUUUUUAACAUGUAAAAACUUGCUUUAAACUUAAAUUACCUCUUAAAAAGACCAAGGUACAUUUACCUCAUUCUGUAUAUAAGGUUUAAUAUUUUUUCAGAACAUUCUCAAGGUUGGCAAUUACAUGUCUCUUUAAAAUAUGAGUAUUAUAUGCAUAAACCUAAAACCUUGCUGGUUCUGCUACAAAGCUCUGUGUGUGCUCUUGCAGAUCUGUUAAUGUGAGCUUUCCUGUUGGCUUCGGAGAUGGAUGUACUUUCAAGGCUCUGAUGCUGGUUUUGUAGGAGCUACGUGUGCACACUGAAGCAUCUGCAUGUUUAAACCAGCCCUGGAUCAAGCUGAUUGUAUAUUUUGUCUUGUGCCCAGAUUGCGCAUUUCUUUUUUCUUUUGUAUUUUUUUUUGCAAAUAUGUUCUCUGUUUUGUUGAAAUAGCACCAGCUCUUUCAGAGUUAUAUGGGUAAUGACACAUACAUUUUUACAUUUUGGAUGAUAAAUUUUGAGCAUCUGUACAAAUGUGUUACUUUUAAGCCUUACAGAAUUGUUCAUUGCCCCAUUUAUGCUUGAUAAUGUAUGUGCAGUAGAGUCUACGACAGAGGAUUGUAAAUAGUCUAAGAAUGAGUAUUAUUGUUAAGUGCUAACACUACAGUAGAAAAUAAUAAAAGCAAUUAUAGAUUUUCUUUCUUCUUAGUAG